UCAGUAAGGAGUCUGUUGUUGGUUGAUGGCAGCUCCAUAAAAAUAAAUGAAAUACCUAUUCCAACGGAAAACUGAUAUUAAAAAAGUAUUUCCCUCCUUGAAACAUUUUCCACAAUGAUAAGAAAUAAAUAACCAAGAAAAAUCCUAGAGCUGAAGGAAAGGUUUAUAACACAGAUGCACAUCAAUCAGAAUUGUAGAGCUGAAAGAUUAAUUGAAUCUAGAGAACACAACCUAGUAACAACUUUCACGUGACCAGAAUUUCUAAUGACCGAAUUGACAAAUCUACAGAGUCGAUGUUAGGAGUGAAAUAGUGAAGCGACCGUUUCAGGCGCAUCUAUUCUAUUUGAGGGUCGGCAAUUCGGCCCACUUUGCUGGUCGACCUUGAUUCAUAAAAACAACAUAAGGUUGUUCCGCUCCGCUGUGUUAUUCCGCCUUUACUAAGCUGCCUGUAUAAUGAAUAAUCUAUGACUGCCCAACCAAUAAAAACAGAAUUCCCUAUUAUCCUAAUUGAAAAUGGGAUUCAUUAUGUAUUUCACCAAAACGAAAAACAACACUUCGCUUUCAAAUCAUUUUGAAGCCGAUGCUUUUACAUUCAACAAAUGGAAAAUUCCUACGAUUUUGUAUUCCAAACUAGUUGCUGAUGAAUGCUAAAUGUUUUCAGAGGAACAAUGUCUCACUAGUUUCUUUUUAUGCACGAUUGGAAGAUUCUUCAUCGGAAAAAGAAAGUUCAGUGUUAUCAUUGGAGCAGGUGCUUUUUUUUGUUAUUGAUGCUUUUUCAGUAGGGACGCUUUGCUUCAGGCGCCAAAAUUACUUGCGCCGGCCCUGCAAAUCCCAAUAGACUAACCCAUCAUUUUAUGAGUACAUUUCGAAAAUUAUUCAACUAAUCAAUUUCGAAAUUUACUGUUAGGUUCUGAAAAUUAUUUUUAUUUGAUGAUAAAAAUAUCUAAUCAUAUUUUGCUGUAGGUACCUGAACUAUUUACUAUAUAUCUGUUAUAGGACUGAGUAAUUAUACAAAUAACUCUACCUACAUUCGCCAUAUACAUACUUUGUCAUAAUGUUAUACAUUGUGAGAAUUUUAGAUUCUUAAAAUCAUUAAACCUUGACUCAAAAUUAAUUAAUAAUUCUUAUUCUCAUGUCGUCCAUUGAAUUUUUUUUACGUUUGGUCAUAAUUCAAAUGAUGAGACUUAUAAUUAAGCAAAAAUAAUAAAUAACGGUGCUUAAAAUUGAUAUAUGAGGUGAGACUUUUUUCUAUUUUAUAGUCAAUUCUCUUGAAUAUUCGAUUUAAUACCUAUAUACGAUAAAUUAGAUUAAUUGUUUGAAUGUUUGAAUUAUUUUUGUGAUAUGAUGAAACUCUUCAACAUUGAAUGGGCUCCUUUACAACUUCCCUUAAAGAGGAGAUUGCAAACAUUGGCCAUUGCUGCUAUCAUAUACGUAUAUGCCUUCUUUAUUUUUGUAAUGCCUAGUGUAUUGUACUACCUGAUCUUUUAUUCGAAACUGUGGUGGCUCUGCAUCAUUUACCUGGUUUGGAGUUUCUUCAUCGACACUGACAGAAGUUCAGACAGAACAUCUAAAUGGUACAGAAACUGCAGUUGGUUCAAAUACUCAAGAGAUUAUUUUCCUAUAAAGUUGAAUAGAAUUUUUGUCAACGAACUCGACUCGAAACGGAAUUAUCUCUUCUGCUGUUUUCCUCAUGGAUUUUUAGGUUUUGGACCCCUAUUGAGUCUUACAACUAAUACUGAAGGCACCCGUAAAUAUUUUCCGUUUCACUCUAUUUACACUCAUACUUUAACAAUAAACUUUUAUAUUCCAAUAUUCAGAGAAUUAGCAAUUAUGCUAGGUCUCGUUCCUACCUCUAAGGAAUGCUUGGAUCAAAAAAUGGGAAAACCUGGCGGAGGAAACAUUUCUGUUUUGAUCGUUGGGGGAGCAGAAGAAGCUUUCCACUGCAAUCCUGGAGUACACAGUAUUGUCUUGAAGAAUAGGAAAGGUUUCAUUAAGGUAGCUCUGAGGAAUGGAUGUCCUCUGGUUCCUGUAUAUAGUUUUGGUGAAAACGAGGUAUAUGGGCAAUAUGAAUUCGAAGAAGGCUCAAUCAUAAGAAAACUACAACGAAAGUUGAAGGAAUUGACAGGUGUUGCAUUUGUCCUCUGCAAAGGAAGAGGUUUUUUUCAAUAUUCAUUUGGAAUUGUACCUUAUAGACGUCCGAUCAAUGUUGUUGUUGGCGAACCCAUAGAUGUCCAGAAAACAGAAAAUCCAACUAAAGAACAGAUCGAUGAUUUGCAUCAACUUUUUGAAAAGAAACUAGUGGAACUAUUCGAGAGUCAAAAGAAAUAUUAUUUGGACAAUCAUGAAACGGCUCGUUUAGUAAUUUGUUAAUGUUCAUCUUUAUAUACAGCAGUUAUGGUUCAGCAAUGAAUCUGUUCAUAUAAUAAUUAGGUUAUUCCAUCUGUCAGUAUAAUCAACAGGAUGUAUAUAAACUUAUUGCUGUUUGAUAGAAAAGCUAUCAAUUAUGUUGUCUUUUUCAUUAGCUCAUUAUGCAAUAACUCCAAAACUCAUGAAGCCAUAGAUUUCAAUAAAGAUGAAAAUGGAUUCAAAAGUUUUCAAGUUACCAAGGUAAAAUUGUAGAUUUUCACAUGAAAGGCGUAUGGCUUUCUGGUGUAUAUCACGCACCAUUUUGAGAAAAAUCAGGGAUAUCUCCAACGCACGUCCUUUUCGGUUAAAGAUCUAUAGUAACUUUCCGUUAUAUUUCGAAAUAUAUAUAAUUAUAUUCGUGAAAUAAAUUAUAACUUCAGAGUAAUAAUCAGAGAUAGAGGGGACAUAUGUCAUUUUCAGUAAAUGAAUUUCGAAUCCAAAACACGUGAUGGUGUUGGCACAUUAUAUAUCGAGCCUGUCGACUCAAGUUCAAUUACCAAAUUCUUAAUAGCGGCCUCAGAAGAAUGAUUAUGUUGACUGAAAUUAUAUAUUUUUAUAGUGAAUUUUUUUAUUUGAAUUCGAGUGAAAUUGAAUUAAUUGUAACAAUUGCUCGAGAUUUCCCUAUAGAUAUGUCAGAAAACGAAAUGUCAUAUAGUUCCGUUGUGAAAAACGAAGUUCUUCAAUCCUUUAUGAAUAUGAAUAUGGAUAUGGAUGAUAUACAGGAUACAGGGUAUUUGAUCAUAUACUGGACAAACAUAUAUAAGUAUAACCAGGCGAAUUUUUUUGCCUUAUGACAUACUUACCUUGUUUCCAAACCAUAAGCGAGAUACAGGGUGUUCAAUCAUUCAUUGAGUGUGGUCAGUUAUGUAUAACCUUUGAAGAUAAGAUUUCUGUUCACAUUAUGGCUCAAUAAAAUUGUUUUUUUGUAAAUU